UGUUUGGCGGUUGGCGUGAAGGAGGAGGCGGGUUGUGGGGGGGAGUGGGGGGCGGCGGUUAAAGCACAUUUGUUCCCAUAGAAACCUGGGGACAGAAACCGCGGGGGGUAUGUGGACAGACAGAUAGACAGAGAAACUCUACACACACACAGAGAGAGAGAGAGAGAGAGACUGUCCGCCGGUCUCCGUCGGUGAUCGUCCGCCUCUCUCAGGGCCGCCAUGGAGUCGAGCAGAGGUCGAGUUGGUCACAGUGUCUGCGACGCCAGACGCAGUCGGAGUUGCCGAGUCUCCGCGUGUUCUCUCCAGGAGCUGCUGAGCGAAGGGAAGCAAAAACUAGAUUUGGAUAAACUUGAUGAGGAGAAACCUUCUGUGGUACUUGAGGAAGAUGGAACAAUAGUUGAUGAUGAAGACUACUUUUUGUGCCAACCGAAAAACACAAUGUUCAUGAUCCUCCGUUCAGAUGAGGAAUGGGUUGCUGUUAAUGUAGUUGCACCAAAACUCGAGUUAUCUUUGGGUGCUCAAAGGGAUGAUGCUGCAGAUAGCUUAUAUUCUGAAGACCAGCUGGAUUCUGCUGAACAUUCCAGUAACUGGAGGCUAUUAGCCAGACAGCUUCAGGAAAACCUCGCUCGAAUUAUAACAAUGUCUGAAUCUGAACUUCAGGCCCUGAUAGAAGCACCGCCUGCUGAGCUGGCAAAGGAACUGAAGGAAACCUUGAAAGGAGUUGAAGAACUGCAGGACACCCUUCAACAGUCCCUCGACAAGCGAGAGCAACAACGUCAAGCGAAAGAACUGUUAGAACUGUACCUGAAGGCAUCGGCGCCAGAAAAGGCUGUUGUACCAAAACUCGAGGCACCUUUGGGUGCUCAAAAGGGUGGUGCUACAAUUGGCUUAUAUUCUGAAGACCAGGUGGAUUCUGCUGAACAUUCCAGUAAUUGGAAGCCCUUAGCCAGACAGUUUAGGGAAAACCUCGCUCGAAUUAUAACAAUGUCUGAAUCUGAACUGCAGGCCCUGAUAAAAGCACCACCUGCUGAACUGGCAAAGGAACUGAAAGAAACCUUGAAAGGAGCUGAAAGACUGCAGAACACACUUCAACAUUCCCUCAACAAGCGAGAGGAAGAACGGCAAACUAAAAUGUUGUUAGAACAGUACCUGAAGGCAGAAGCGCCAGUAAAUGAUGAUUCAGAAGAUGCCAAAGGAACAGAUCAAAUGGAUUGCUCAAAUGCAAACUCAAAUCGAAAGUGCCUGCAUCCUCACAUAAUUGGAGUCCUUGAGAAAAAGGACAGCCCUGAGUUCAGCUUGUCCAAUGAGGAGCUGCAGGAAGUUAUAAAAGUGGACGAAGCAGGUUUAGCAACUGAUGCACAUUGCUCCAUUCAGAAGGCGAAGAAUACAAAAUACGAGUGCAAGAAAGAACUUGAGAAGCGGUUGUCUAAAAUGAAGGCCCUGGAAGAACUGAGUAUCCAUUCAAAGAAGAUGAGGAUGACACCACAGCAAAUCUAGAUGUAAACAAGAUUAUUUUUCCUUGACUUGCUUUACUAGAUGCAAACUCUGAAAGUGGGUGAAUAACGUGUGACCUGAAGAUUGAGUAAAAAUCGCCUCUUAAAGAUUUGAGGAAUUAACUUGCAAUUUGAAGCUGUGCUUACAUACCUAAAGUGUCGAAUGCAAAUCCUUUAUCAUGAAAUCUUUCUGGUUUAUGUUUCAAGACGUGUAAGUGAAGAGAGAAUUUUCUCCGCUCUAAAAACCAUGUGCUGAUGAGGCAAACCACAAAUCAAGAUUGAGAAUUUGGUCAAUUGGACCAAACAAAGCUUUUUUUUUAUUAUGUGAGAAAUAUUGGGCCAUGCUGCAUUAGAAAUUAUACUUGGAUUGUCACGUGCUACCCCAGUGUGCAAAGAACAUCAAAAUAAGCUCUCUGCUUGAACAAACUGUUUGCCGAUGUUUACAGAAAUCAGUUGGAUGAGGAUCAUCAGAGAACCCAGCAUCAAAUACAAGAACCUUUACUUCACGUCUGCUUCUAUAAGGACAUUCUUUCCUUUGUCCUCAAUAUUCUGCAGUUUUUCCCUUACAAUAUACACCCAAACUAAAUUUAAAGCUGAUGUUAUUAAAUAAAUCUAUAUCUGAUUCAA